CAAACCAAAGAAGCAAGCAAACCAAACUCCUCCUUCCUCUACAAGGCACCGGAUUAUUCUUUGGAUUUGUAGCCGAUCCCCAGCGCUCCCGGAUGCUUCAGCUUCAUCUUUGAACUUGGUGUUGAGGAUUCGAUAUUUUAGCUGUUUUUGUUGUGUUUUGGGGGAAUUUUUUUGACGGUGAUUUAUUGGAAGAUAUGGGCUCCAAUCCGAACGCCGGCGGGGGGUGGAUUAUAAACUACGGAGGGUUCAUGGAGGAUGUGCACGCCUCGGAUUUCAUCUGGGCGCCCCAGGUCGUCGACGAUCCCUCGGCUUCAAGCGCAAUGGUUGGGUUUGAUGCCUUGCGCAAGGAGGACAACCGUCCAAAUAAUGGUAACCUGAGAAAACGACCUCGUGCCGAGUCCUGUGCUGUACCAGGGACAAAAGCUUGCCGGGAGAAAAUACGAAGGGAUAGACUUAACUGUCGAUUUACAGAGCUUUGUUCUAUCUUGGAUCCUGGGAAGCCUCCUAAGACAGAUAAAUUUGCCAUUCUGGGUGAUGCCACUCGUCUGUUGAACCACUUACGUAAUGAAGCAAAGAAGAUUGAAGAGUCAAAUGAAGCACUUCAUGAUGCUAUAAAGAAUAUGAAGGCAGAGAAAGUGGAGCUAAGGGAUGAGAGGACGAGGCUAAAGGCUGAGAAAGCACGGAUCGAAGAGAUGCUCAAAGUCAUUAGCACGACACCCCAGUUCAUCACUCAACCUGCUGCUGCAACAUUCCAUGAGACAUCAGCUGCAGCUCACAGCAAAACCAUUCCGUAUCCAAACUAUCUACCGAUGGGCAUGUGGCAAUGGACAGCUCCAGCAGCUAUUGAUACUUCUCAGGAUCAUGUGCUAAGGCCACCUGUUGCGUAGUCAUUAUGUUCGAUGAUUUUGAGUCAAAAAUCAACAUCAAUCAAGUUUGUGUAGGUUGUUGUUAGCAUCAACGUAGAAAGCUUCUGAAAAUUUAUUGGUUGUUUGAAAAUUUUCGAGUCCCAGUCAAAACUUUGAAAAUUUCGAGUCCCAGUCAAACAUUGGGAUCUUGCGAAAUUGUAACAAAGAUUAAGUUCAUGAAUUUGGAACGUGUCAUAGUCAUGACUUUGGAAUUUUGGCUAAUGUAGUUCCAGCUUUUGCCUCUUCUCUUUA